UUCCUCCAAACCGCUUCCAACAAUAACAGCAACUCCCUGCGUGCAGCUCAGCUGCCUCCUUAGGGAGAAGAUACGUUUUUUUCCUUUUUCUGCUGAGGGAUGCGGCUUCCAAAUCUGUGCGAUGUGAGCAGGUGAGGAUGUCUGCUGACAAGUCCAAAUGUUCUUUUCAGGUGUUCUACUGAUCUUGGCACUGACAGAAGAGCUGGUGUUUUCUGUUCAGGUACUGUCUCCCACUGUCUCCUCCUCUCAGGGCUUCCCGAUGGACACUACUACCGCCACAGCCAUGGGAACACCACCUCGCCACAAAGACCACCACGCGACAGAGCCCCUUCCCACGUCCGCUCGCGCCAUCCCCCAUCCCGUCAGCCUGGCGGAGAAAACCCCUUCCACUGGGCAAAAGCGAGCGAGCGACCCUCGCGUCGGCAAAAAGGAAACGUAUCAUUUAUACAACCAGAGUGCUUUGUACUCGGGACAGACUCGCCCCAAGGGGAAAAUAUUCCAGGUCUUCAAAGGCAACUUCACAGAGUCCUCGGAGCCUUACCUAAAGACCACCCUGCACUCUCCCUUCCCUGCCCUGAGGAGCCCUUUCACAGACCACCCCUUUCAGUCCCAGACCGCAUCGGCCAGCAACCCGAAUGGCACGGGGCUGGCAAGAACUACACAGACAGACCCUUCUCCCCACCGCCACGCCUCGGGAAGCCUUAGGGAAGCAGAGCGAGGGGACGGGGCCGAGCUAGUGCAGGAGGCAGAUUUUGCCACCACAACUGCUGGGCCAUCAACUGAUCCUGAAGCAGUGUCGGUGCCUUUUAAACCCACCCACUACGGCGUAUGGGAUAUGCUGAGCAAAAACAACUCUUGGGUAACCUUGAAUCUCAGUACAAAUGUCCCUCUGUUUGCUGGCCCUGGAUCCGCAACAGCAGCAGCGGGUCACUCGGUUCAGACCAGUUUCGAUGUCAGCAUCUCCUCCCCGGCAGCGGGAGACCCCGAGGGCCCCGCUCCAACGCAGCACGGCCCGGUGACUAACGCGACCUUGCUGGGCAGCGCUCUCUCCGCAGCGCCUGCCACGAGGUUGUCCGGCUCCAUUUCCACAGCUGGCUCCACCGCCACCGGGAACUUCCUAAACAGACUGGUUCCUGCCGGGACCUGGAAACCCGGGGUGCAAGGGAACAUCUCCCAUGUCACCGAGGGGGACAAACCCCAGCACAGAGCAACCAUCUGUCUCAGCAAGAUGGACAUUGCCUGGAUCAUUCUGGCUAUCAGCGUACCUAUAUCCUCAUGUU